UUGCAGAUUGUGUACGAGUAGUGUUGAUAAAUAACGCAUGUUGAAAAUAUGGAUAUCAAAAGGAGUACUUUUAAAGUGAAAAGCAACUCCAAACCUUCCAGCAGCAGUCGCAGUGCUGAACUUCUUGGUACCCAAACUGGAAUUGGAUUCCCCACACAAUCAAAGAAAAUCAAUCGAUCAAAUGAAAUAGCGCAUUUUUCUGAUUGCACAACUAAUAAAAGCCUUCAUAAUGCAAUUCGUAAGCUCAAUAAAAAAGAUCCGACUACUAAAAAAAGGGCUUUGGAAGAGCUGAUUCAUGACAUAAAUGAAAGGAGUGUCGAGGAACUUGUGGUAAUUUUACCACUUUGGACUAAAAUCUACCUUGAAUUUGCAUAUGAUCCGAUACACAACAUACGCGAACUUACACAGGAAGUACAAAAAAUGCUUGCAUCGAAAUGUAAACGCAUGAUAGCCCCAUAUUUAAAAGAAUUAGUACCCGUUUGGAUCUGUUCUCAAUUUGAUAAUUACGUUCCAGCUGCUAAUAUUGCUCGUGCCAGCUUCUUCGAUAUUUUUAAUGCCAAAACAGACCGUGUUAAGGAAGUCUGUUUACAUUGUCAAUCAGAGAUACUAGAAUACAUAUUUAAUAAUCUUUCAGAAUCGUCAGAUAGCAAAAAAGGUACUGACAUUUAUGCAUUUGGCUAUAAUAAAGUUUACGGAAGCCUCGAACUUCUUGCUUUUUUUACUGAGCAAACGAAAACCGCAGAUUUGUCUUCAAAGUCCCACAAUAUAUUACGUUCCAUUAUAGAGUUUAAGAGCUUUUGGAACUGUGGAAGAAAUGGCAAUAAAUUAACAAGGAGAGCGUGGUUCAAAGCAAUACACAAUAUGAUUUUAAACACAUCUCUGAAUGCCAUAAUAUCUGAAUGGAAAAAGGAUAUUAUUGAAAUAUGUUUCUCAGGAAUUGAUGAAAGCGAUCGGAUAUUAUCUCUGCAUAUAUGGCAAUGCAUAUUGCUUGUACAAUCAACCUACGAUGAUUGGUAUAUACAUUUGGACUUCAGCAAUUCGGUUGAAUACAGGCUGUGGAGUUUGCUUCAAAAUAAUUUCUUUAAUAACUAUGAAAGCAUCUGUCCUAAAAUGUUACCAUUUUGUUCAGCAUUAAUAUCAAUUCGUAUUAAUAAUUUCGACUGGUAUAUUUUUAUGAAAUUGUUUCUAGAAAAACUAAAACAUGUUUUUUGUUCUGAAACCUUUAAGCCUAAUGGAACAGAUCAUCUAGCUAUGUUGAAUUCAUAUUUUGACUGUUUAAAGCUGGUAUUAAAUAAGAUGAAUAGUUCGGAAAUAUCGUUUGAUGAGAAACAACGAAAUACCUUGGAACUUUUACAUAAAAACAUAAUUGAUCCUACUAAAUGGUUACUCAGAGCAAAUAUAAUUAAUUCUUGUAAAACAUUUUUCGAUUCAACUCUUCAAAUGUUUGCUGACAUUCAAAUAGAAAGUGAAGAUAAUGAUCAAAUACAAGCAUAUCUUUUAAAGGAAUUCUGGAAUUCGAUAUUUGAUUUGGUAGCUUCACUAAUUACUGAUACAGAACAUUAUCCCGGGAUUAUUGAUAUCUUCCAAAGUCUAGUUAAAUUGAAUCAAGAAGGCAUAAGUAAUAAGUUGGACUUAUUAUUACCUAUUGAAGAAAAAGAUAGAAAUCAGAUUAAAUUAAAAAGCCUAGCCUCCGAAUUAGUUAAUCAUUGCUUAAAACGAAUUUCUGGUAAAGAAUGCGAAUCUUGUCUAAAACACCUGUUGUUACUUAUGGAUCUAUUUUCCGACACCAAAUUCCAUAUAAAUAUUACAAACAACUUCGAUAUUAUAAAAUCUUUGGAAAUAUUUAUUGACUUAAUACCUAUGGCGAAUGAAAAUCUUUACGUUGAUAUUGCCAAAAAUAUUUUCAACUUUUUAAAUUACUUGGACGGUGAUCAACAAUUCGAUUUUAUCAACAAUAGACUAAUCUGCGUAUCUUCUAGGCAUAUGCAAAUUUUGAUUACUGAGCGUUUAUUGUUGCAACCAUUGAAAAUUGGAAAACGUAAAGAUAUAUUGUUAUCCAGCCCAGAUGUCAGGACAAUAAUAAGUGAUAUAACAAGAGAAGCAUUACUCGAGAAGUCGAAAGAAAAAAUUAAUUGGUUGCAAACACUGUUUCUACAAAAUGAUAGUGGUAAUUUCUUCAUUGGUUCCACCUCAUUGGAUGAACUGCUAAGCAUAAUUUUUGAGCCUCUUGAAAGAGAUGACAACUAUGAGCUGGUUGAAUUAUGUAGCCAAAUUAUUUCUAAAGUGUUGCCGAAGAUAUUUUCAUGCGGAAGUGUGUUUAUUGAAACAAAAACCAAAUCAUUCAUUAAACUAUUUUCGUUUUUGAUUAAAUCGUCAGCAAAUAUUUCCCUUAGGGAAGAAACACUUUCUGAGCUAUCCAAAUGUUGGGAAAGUGUGUUAUGCGAUGAACAUAUCGUAAAUGAAGUGACAACUUUACAUUGCAUUUCAAAUUUGCGAAUGAUGAACACGCUUACCGUGUCCAAUAUAUCAAAAAGUGCAGAUUUUAUAAUUCGUUUUAUAUUCCGCAGUACUGCCAAAUACACUACAGCUCAAUUGAGACUUACUGCUCAAAAUAAUCUAAUAAAUAUGUUUACUACGACUAAGGAUAUUUCUGCAUUGCACGAAAAAUUGAAAAAUUAUACUUUAUUUAUGGAAGCCAUAAAUGGCAUUGUUUCCACAAAAGUAGAAGUGCACUAUGAAUGUUUAGAACUUCAGACCAUAAUCACAAUUUUAAAGAGAUCACUUUUGAACGUAUAUAUUAUCAAAAGAUUACAAGAAAAUGAUUGUAAAGAAAUGAGCACAAUAAAUCGCCAAUUAUAUGAUGAAUUGCUCAAUUGUAUAGUUCUUACAUCUGCUGCAGAAAGUGUUUUAAACAUUAAACCUGAGGAAUGUGUUGCUCUGAAGAUUUGGAUUGAAGAAGUACAGGAUCAAAUUAAAUUUUUGAUUCAAAAUGAAUCUAUUCUAUCGGAAAAAGUACAUGAGAUUCUUCUUCGAAAUGCUAUAGAAGCUGACGAAAUAUCGUAUUGUCGUUCUUUACACAUAUUAACUUACCAUCACCGAUAUUUGCCGUUCGAAGAAAGCGCAUCAAUCGUUUUUAACGAGGAACUUUUCAAACAUCUUAUUGCUAAAGACGCUUUAUCAGCUUACAUUAAUUUCUUACAGUAUCAAACUCCGCGCCUGAAUUACCGUAGUAUUACCGUAAGCAAUAUUUUUGAUUGUGCAAAAUCAAAAGAUAUUUGGAUAAAAUGUGCAGCCUUGCGCUGUCUUGUAAUAAAUAAUUUUAACUGUGAUGAAUUAAGGAUCAGUGACAGAAAUGUAAUCAAGCAGUUGUUGGAAUCUGUUCGAUCAAUUAAUGAAAAUUUUUAUAUACGAAAUAAAGUAGAAAUAAAUGAGCUUGAGUACGGGGCCGUUAUUGAACUAAUUGAAUACAUUCGACUCUUAACAGAAAUACUUAAAAAAAUACCUUUGAGUCUAGGUGCUAAAGAUUGGGAUAACAUUAUCAUUGGACUAGGUUCUUGGGUACCAAGCGUACAUAAAUCAAUCGAAAAUAUUGAAAACCCAAAGAUGACGUUAUUUACGAUCAAUAUUUGUAAGCUAUUUUCUACGUUCCUACAGUUUAUAAAAGGCGAGAAGGAACGUAGUUCAACCACAUUGCUGCAAGAUAUGGUAGAUGAGUGGGAGUCGUUAUUUUCAAAGGAUGCAAUUUGCAAAAUAUUCGAAUCGUUUUUUGGUCUUUUACAUCUACAAGAAAAGUUCACACCUGAAUACUUCAUGGUGUGUUUUAGGGAAUUAAAAAGCGUAAUAAUACUUUCCGAUUUUGAUGUCAUUUACAACUUUUGCAAGUAUAGUCGAACCACAUCUACGGAAAAUGUUUUCAACAUUUUGCUCAAAAACUUCUUUAACCCUAACAUAUUUUUAAAACGGACCUGCCAUCAUAUUUUGCACGAAUUAACUCAUGCCUAUGUUGUUGACGACAUUAAGAAAGUUCACACAUUAAAUGAUAACUUGAGUCAUGGUGGAAAAACUCAGCAUUAUUUAAAGUUAUUUGAAGGGGUUUUAACAUCUCAACUUAAUUUUGUUAAUAAGUAUAUAUCAGAAUUCAGUUUCAAAAUAUCUGAAAUAGAUGAAUUCGAGCCUAUUGAUGUUGAAAUGGGAUUUAGCUAUUUCUUGAUGUGGGACUGCAUAAUACAUACCUGUGUUAAAUCUCCACUCAAUAUACGCAAUAUAUACACUUCUUGGCUUUAUGAAAACAAAUUCUUCGAGAAAUUUUUGCUUUUUGUUAUACGGGCGAUGCCAGUAGAAGUUUUAAAAAACCAUGAUAGUAAAUUUCUAUCGUGUGAAAUUUUCAAUCGUCUUUCCCGGAAACAACUUAACGAUGAAAAUUUAACUCUCGAAAGGUAUGCUUGCCAUUUAUAUAUUGAAGUUUUGAAAAAAUUACCAGCAGUAGUUCGGAAGUGGUGGAGUGUUUCCCCAUCCCGCCAAAAAGCUUUUGUAGAUAAAUUAACUAUUAAUUAUGUUUCACCUUUAAUCUGCGAAGAGGAGUUAAAGGCAAUUGGUGCUAAUAAAGAGAGACAUGAAAAUAUGCAAGUGUCCGUCCAUUACUCAACAAGAGAAGUUAUAGCAACGUAUUUCAUUGAUGAUGUACGAACAGAACUUACGAUUACACUUCCAUCUAAUUAUCCAUUAGGUCCGAUUAAAGUUGAUUGCGGAAAAAGUAUUGGGGGCCGCUUAUCAUCACGUACCGAUGGCAUGCAGCUAGCGUUAUUCUUAAUGCAUCAGAACGGAACAAUAAUAGAUGGACUAGCGCUGUGGAAGAAUAACUUGGAUAAAAAGUUCGAAGGAGUCGAAGAAUGUUACGUGUGCUACACCGUUAUUAAUCAAGAUACCUAUCAGUUACCUAAACUCACAUGCAAAACUUGCAAAAAGAAAUUUCAUGGAUCGUGUUUGUAUAAAUGGUUUACAACCAGCAGUAAAUCAACAUGCCCAAUCUGUCGAAAUGUUUUCUAGUGACGAAAUGAGUCAACCAAUAAAAAAGACAAGCCAAUAGUGGAGAGGGAAGGAUGUUGUUCAUUCCAAGGCUGCUUACAAACAAAAUUAAUGGAAACUAUAAAUAUAUGUACUAAUAAAUAUUCACAAUGUUUUUUGAUUCAAUUCUGGUGAAAACGCGUUAACACUCUAGAUGUAUGUAGCAUUGACUAUCGGUUGUCCAUUCAAAGCACAACCGCUAUACCUUCAAAGAAGAAUAUACAUAUACAUUAUUUAUUGUAAUACAUUUUGGAUUGUUUAUAUAUUGUUAUUGCAUUGAGCUA